AACGUUUAACGGAAAAAAAGACUCUCAGGCUUGCCCAAUAGAAUAUCUUAUAUUACUUUAUUGAUUUAGAUUUAGUAGCGAUGCAAAUGCAAAACUUGCAGUUGAAUGAGUUUAGAUUAUUUUAUCAGCCACCAAAUGAUAAUAAUUUUUAUCAUGUAACUUUCAAAAUGACCUGGCAACUUUCAGAAAAUUAUAAUGAUGAUUACGAUUACGAGUUCUUUCACCAGCAGAGUUUAUAUACUAGUUAUUAUGUUACAUGUAAAUUAUUACCGCAUUCUUUGAUUAUGCAUAUAUUGAAUAAGGAAAUUUACGGAAUUGAUUUCGAUGUAAAUGAAUUAAAGUAUAAAUAUACAUUAACUUGGAAUCAAAAAUUAAACCUUGAACAAAGCUUAAAGAACGUUCUUCCUUUUCUACAAGGAAAACUUUUAUUAAGAAGCUACUUCCCGAAUAAUUUACCAAAACAAGGCUUGCAUUUGAAUAAUGGAUUAUUCUAUCGACCACUGAAUGAUUAUAGCAUUUAUCACGUAAUUUUACAAGAUUAUCAUCAAAGUGACGAUGACGAUUGCGAUUACGAAUUUUUUUACCAGAUUUCAAAUGAUAUAAAACACGUUAGAUGUAAAUUUUUACCAUCUUCUUCGAUAUUAAGUAUAUUGAACGAGAAAAUUUAUGGAAUUGAUUUUGAUGUGAAUGAUCUGAAAAGAAAACAUAAAUUAACUUCGCAACAAAAAUUAAAUCUCGAGCUAAAUUUGAGGUCAUUUCUUUACAUUCCUGAGGGAGAAAUGAGAUCAGAUUCUGAUGGAAACACGAUUUCUUUUCAAGGAAAUAUCGAAAGCAAUGCGACAAACGGUUUCAAUAAUUGAUAGUCAAACAAUACCAUGUCCUGCGAUGAUCAUAAAGAUACCUGAUUAUACUUGAUCAAUGAUUUUCUUAGAUUAAAUAGAGUUAAAUGAAACCAAAAGUCUUAAAAUUAGAAUAAGAUUGGGAUUAUUCCAGUUACAAUAUGAUUUUUAGAAAUUUAAGAGUAUAAAUACUUAGUAAUAGAACAUAAUUUUUUAUAUAAGAAAUAUUUAAG